UCUUCCUGUCCAUAGAAAACAAAACAAAUCUAACAAAAUGGCUCUCGCUGGACAACUGAAGGCUGAUGUAGAGAUCAACCCUCCUGCUGACAAAUUUCAAGAGUUCUUCUCCUGCACACCUUUCGAAUCGACAAAAUCCAGCCCCGACAAAAUUCAAAGUGUUGAUUUAAUCGAAGGUCAGUGGGGAAAAGAUGGCUCUGUUUACUGCUGGAACUUCCUCCUCGAUGGAAAAACUGCAAAUAAUAAGGUGAAAGUCAGAAUUGACAACAAAAGCAAGUCAACUACUCUCAAAACCAUACAAGGAACUCUGAAAAAAUCGUUCAAGAGCUUCAUCAUCAACAUGAAAAUUACUCCAACGACUGAACAAGGCAGCUUGGACCCUUGA